AUGUUAUUUUUAUCGCCUUGGGUCUCGGCCAGAAAACCGAAAAUUAUAAACCCGUUAAUUGUCGGGCAUCUUUUGUUUGCCACACUAAAGCGAACAUUUAAUUGCUCAUCUAUAAGGAGUGGGCUUGUUCUAAAUCGAGGGGAAUUUCAAACAAUAGCCCAAAGGAAAUUGAUAUUAAUUUCUCUAGAUUGGACCCGUCCAAAAGAUCCUCCUUUAUCCCUUGGUCAUGCAUCUAUAUUAGCUAAUUUAAAACAUCAUAAUAUUGAUGUUUUUUCUCGUUCAUGGUCAGUAAAUGUACCCACCUUUUCACCCGAUGAUGUGGUAGAAUUUAUCAUGAUGCAUGCUAAUCCCCAUCAUGAUGUUGCAUUAGGAGCAUUUGUUUGGAAUGAACAUGCGAUACAGCAUAUUUUAAGCGAAUUAAAGAAACAUAAAUUUCCAGGAAGAGUAAUUCUUGGAGGUCCUCAAGUGAGCUAUGUUAAGAAAGGGAUAGAAGAAUAUUACCAUUAUGCUGAUAUUUAUAUUCGUGGAUAUGCUGAAAAUGCGAUAGUGAAAUUAAUGCUAUCUAAAACUUUAUUUCCCUGUAUUAAAGGGAAUUUUAUUCGAUGGGAAACCAAACGAGGGUGUCCUUUCCAUUGUGCUUUCUGUCAACAUAGAGAAUCUGACGUAUCAAUGAAACGUCGUCAAUUUCCUAUGUCACGUGUAAUUCAAGAAGCGGAAUGGAUAGCCAAACAUUCAAGCAUUCAAGAUGUUGCAGUUCUUGAUCCAACGUUUAAUUCUGGUCCUUACUAUCUUGAUAUAAUGGAUAAAUUAAUAAAAGAAAAAUACAGAGGAAAACUUUCACUUCAAUGUAGAAUUGAAAUGAUAAAAAAAGAAUUUUUAGACAAAGUUGUUCAGUUGAAUGAUACCGCAGAGACUGUAUUAGAAUUUGGUUUACAGACUACUAACCCUAAAGAACAAGCAAUAAUAGAUAGGCCAAAUAAUAUGAAGGUUAUUGAGAGAGUUUUGACUCAGAUACGAGAGAGAAAAAUUAAAAUCGAAGUAUCUCUUAUCUUUGGUCUACCUGAACAAACGAUUACAACGUUCAAAAAGAGCAUUGAUUUUUGUUUUAAUCACAAAGUUCCAGUCAUUCAUGCUUUUCCAUUAAUGCUAUUAAGAGGAACACCAUUGCAUAAAAGGAAAGCAGAGCUUGGUCUUGUCGAAUCUUAUGAAGUUGCCUCACCUACCAUUGAUCGUAUACAAACAAAUAUUCCUCACGUUGUUGCAAGUCCUUCAUUUACAUAUGAAGAAUGGAAAGAAAUGUCUAAAAUAGCAGAAUCACUAGAAAUUUCCACGAAAAAUGUAUCAAAAAGUUCCAAUUAA